AUGCUGCGGUACACAGAGCAGAGCAAUGCGCUGACGGAAGAGCUGGAGACAGCAGCACGGAGUGAUGUGCGUGGGAUGCUGCGGCUGCUGAGGUGCUCAGACAACCAGGUCUUUACCGGCUUUGACGGAGAGGAAGGUCUCGCUGGCGCGGUUGUGAGGGAGAAGGUGGCGACGACGGCGACAGAGCUGCGGGCGGCGUGCACUGGCGCGGCCUCACCAUUGGUCAUUCUCUCUGGUUGUGGCACCUCUGGUCGGCUGGCCUUUCACGUCGCCACCUCGUUUGCCUCGCUGGUGCCGGAUCGGGCCAGAGUCGCUUAUCUCAUCGCAGGCGGCGACUAUGCUCUGCUCAAGUCACAGGAGCGCGGCGAGGACGAUCCGCAUCAGGCGGUCACUGAUCUGGAGCAAUUGAUUGUGGGGCUGGAUGUUGUGCCCGACCUGGUGGUGUAUGUCGGCAUUACCUGCGGCCUGUCGGCGCCGUACGUUGCCGGCCAGCUCGACUAUGUCCUUGCCAAGCAGGCGAGCGAGCCGGCCAUUCGCUGGAUCGCCGGUCUUGUCGGCUUCAACCCGGUGGCGCUGGCGCGGUCGAGCGUCAUCGAGGGUUGGACGUCGUCGUUCAAGGACGUGGCCGACGCGCUGGUGGCGUCGAUGGACUUGCCAUCGGGCGCUGGCAACUUUAUUAUCAACCCAGUGGUCGGGCCCGAGUCGGUGACCGGCUCGACGCGGAUGAAGGGCGGGAGCGCGACCAAGAUGCUGUUGGAGAUUCUAGUCCGGAGCGCACUCAUGGGCGCGUCGGAUCCGGCGGCCGAGGCGCUGCAUGCGCUCGACUGCUACGCCGCGACGCUGCGGUCGGUGUACCAGGGCGAGAACAUGGAGGUGCUGGCGCGGCUGGUCGAGGCCGGAGGCGCGUCGCUCCGCAGCGGUGCGCCCAUCUACUACGUCGGCUCUGACUUUGGCGUUGGCCACCUGGGCAUCAUCGACGCGUCCGAGUGCCCGCCCACGUACGGCGCGAGCAUCAACGACGUCCGUGGCUUUGUGGACGGCGGCUGGGCCGCGCUGGGAAACCGCAACGGCGACCUCUCGCUCGCUCCCAAAGACGAUGGCUUUGACUGGCAGCUUUCGACAACGUUUCUGCUCGACGAGCUCGCGCCGGCGCUUGCCGACACGGGGGCGACAGUGGUGGCCAACCUGCCGGUCGACACCGAUGCCACGAAGCUCACUGACGCCGCAGCCACACUGGCAGCUCUCGGCAGCAUUCCGGGCGUGACCAAGAUUGCGCUCACGGUUUGCCCGGCGCACAAGGUCGAGAGCGUGGGGGUGGCCAAUGCCGCUGCGGUUGCCGCCGGCUUUGAGCCGUGCGUGGUGACGGUGACGACUCGGUCCGGCGCCGCGUCUGCGCCGCUGCUCGCCGACAGCGACAGUUGGGACUUUCUCUACACCGAGCUCGGGUAUAAGCUCUCGUUCAACGCGCUCACGACUGGUGCGCACGUUCUCCGUGGCAAGGUGGUCGGCAACCGGAUGGUCGACCUUGCGGUUUCCAACUCGAAGCUCUUUGCCCGCUCGCGCGGCAUCAUCGCCAAAUACGGACAGGUCGACGAGGCUGCGGCCGAGGCUGCCCUUCUGCGGUCCAUCUACGCCGACAGCGUGCCUGCCAAUGUCGACGACCUUCCCGAGUCUGCGCAUAUCAAGCAGGCCAUGAAGCGAGUGCGAGUCGUGCCGACCGCCAUCCUACUCGCCGCUGGCGCGGCCGAGUCCGUGGCCGGCGCGCGCGCACUGCUUGAUGCCGAGCCGAUGGUGGGGCGGCUCAUUGCGAGCCUGUAA